CAAAAAUCUCUGACGUCAUCACAACAUUGGACGUCAGCACUCUUAACUGUAAUAACCAAUAUUUUUCCUAAUUAAGUGGCACAAAUAAUGGAUUCGAUGGAAUUUUUGAAUGUACAAUUUGCUAUACCAAUAGUAGGUGUCGUUUUAUGCGUAUUUUUGGUUUUUGCUUUUGGAUUUAGAUCUGUUGGACAGCCUAGCUUUGAAGCAAUAGGUGAAGUUGAAAUAAAAAGAAGGAAGGGAAGAGAGGUCAAAAAAAAUUCAAAGACCAAAGUUACUAAUAGCACUACGAUCAUUGAAAAGUCUAAAAAUGAACCUGAAAAGAAAUCGACUGUUAAAAAGCGUUCUACAGAAAAUAAACCUGUUAAACAGCUGUCGGUUAAGAAAAACGUUAAUGAGAAGCCCCACAAACCAGUCGUAGAAGAAGAAAUGACAAUGAAGGACGGUGAAUGGCAAACUUGUUUGUCUAAAAGAAGAAGCAGAAAACUGCGUGAAGAAAGUAUAAGUAAUGAUUCAGAUAAAGAAACACAAAAAAGUUCUACAAAGAAAGGAAAGUCAGCGGAAAAUAUGAAUAGGAAAAAGGAAGAAAGGCCACAAAACUCCAAGCAAAAGAGUAAACCACUGAAGGAAUCAGUUGAAAACUUGAAUGCAACAAAAUCAUCCAACGUAAAGCCUACAGUUAGAAAGGAGGCUCUUAAAGAGGUUGAAUCUAAUCAGCCAACUAAGAAAGUUGAAGAAAAGUUGAUAAUAAAUACUUCUGAAACAAGUCAGGGGAAAAACAUUGCAACCGAAAAUUCACAUUCCAAGGAAACUAACGGAUAUUCUUUACCUAGAUGGGCACGGGCAGAAUACAAACUGGGUGAUAAGGCUCCUUUUGAUAGAAAUUUUGACAUAAAUAAACCGAGCGAAGCCUUAGUUAAAUUUAGUCUGUGGCAAGCUUGUUUCAAAUCGAAAUGUCUAAGAACUGAAACACUGUUAACAGAAGAAUAUUUAUGCGUUAGUUUUAACUCAAACGAGGGUGGGUCUAUCAUUUUAGCUCAAUUAUGUAAGGUUUAUAAAGUUAAGGUAGGCUAUGCAUCUUAUAUUAUUGUUACAGCAGCAUGUUUACAACUAUUUGGGGCCUUGUUUUCUUACUUCGCCUUUGGAUCUAUUACAGACUUUCGUGAAACAUCAAUCAAAUCUGCAGAUGAGUCCGAGAUUUGA